UGUCGUCAGAGUGCAUGGACCCCGUCAAGGCCGCGCCGUGCAAGGACGAAGAGCUGAAGAGGCGCGACCAUCCGUACUUCUUCGAGGGAGGCAACUGCACCGUACAGAAGGGCGCCAAGUGCCUGUACGGCCCUAAUAGGUUCAUCUCCACCCAGGAAUGUCGCGAAUCCUGUCUUAGCACUGAGGAGCCGGCGUGCCGCGCGCCCCGGUUCCAGGGUGCGUGCCGGAUGAGCGAGAAGCGCUUCGUCUACUACUACGACCGCUCGAUGAAGGCUUGCGUCGCCUGGCGCACUUCCUGUCUGGCGGGACCUAACCGCCACGAAUCACUCGCCGCCUGCACCGAGACCUGCAGCCGGAACGUCUUCAAGAAGCUGAUGAUAUGGGAAUGAUGCCGCGCUCCGAACUACGUGCCGCUUUUCUGCAGAACCGAAUGAAUAAUCGCUAAUGAUUACAUUUACUAUAGCAAAUUAACUGUAUCGCAAUGCGUCGUUGUUCCUCGUUCUGUUGGUGUUCGUUUUAACCGAAUUAUCGCUGUUAUCAAGUUGUCACUCGGCACAAGACGCGCCAUACGCAAUCGAAGCUUUCCUUGAACUUUGUUGCCAAUUCGAUAGCACUGGAGUCGUGUCUCGCCACAUUUCGUGCGAGUC